AUGGCAACACUCUCUGAAGAGCAAAUAUUAGCAGUGGAGGCAUAUGGUGACGAGUCGGAUGGAGAGCUGCGAUGGUCCUCGCCAAGUAUGAUGUGCAUCGAGGACCGUCUCCCAGUAGCGGUAUAUCGCCAAAGCUGGUGGACGACCUGGAAAAGUGGUGACUGCUGGCGUGGACUACGAUACCAAAGGUCGGAGAGGCCAGACCAAAUAAAGAGGGGGCAGAAACCACACUCACAUCAAUGGGCUAUAGUUGCUGUUUUUGCGUUGACAUUUCUCAGCCUUACCGCAGGCAUCGUAUACUCUUCUCUCGUUGCAAUCCUGCUCUACAACCUUAAGCUACCUCCCAACCACAGCGGCCUUCAGCAUAUCGUUGAGGACUGGAGGGAGCCUAAUACCAACGCUACUUAUGAGUUCGCAUGGCGAGCUGACUUUAGCCGCGAUAUCGUACCUAAAGAUUGCCACUCGCAUAACGACUACUGGCGGCCCGUGCCGCUUUAUAGUGCGCUUGCGGCGGGGUGUGUAAGUGUAGAAGCAGACGUGUGGCUGGCGGAGGACAGUGAGCUACUUGUGAGUCAUUCGUGGAAAACCACUACGCAAGCGCGGACAUUGAACAGCUUGUAUCUGAAGCCGUUGUUGUGGAUCUUUGACAAGCGCAACAUCUCUCAGGCUUCAGUCGAAGAUAGAGAGGUUGGCGUCUUUGAUGCAGAUCCGAAUGUCUCUGUCGUCUUAUUGAUUGACUUCAAGGGUGACAGGCAUGCUAUAUGGCCAGUUCUUCUUACGCAGUUAAAGCCUCUUCAGAACAAGAAUUGGCUCACGUACUAUGAUGGUGAAAAAAUUCAUUGCAGACCGCUUACUAUUGUAGGCACUGGUAAUACACCUAUAGAGCUUGUCCAGUCAACAUUGCCUGACCGCUUCGUAUCUUUCAAUGCUCUACUUACAUCUAUAUCUAAUACCACGUAUAAUUACACAAACUCUUAUUACGCCAGUGCUAGACUAGAGGAUGCUAUCAGAAAGUUGUGGUUGAAUCGACUAAGUAUCAAGCAAGAAGAGACUCUGAGAGAACAGGUCAAAAGGGCAGAAGAGAAGGGUUUGAAGAGCAGAUACUGA